AAAUACUCGAUUUGCUUUUGAUGAACGGUCCGUAAAAAUUAGAAUAACGCUGAACGACGCAGUUUAAAGAGAUUUUUGGAUGCUAACAGAAGUUUGGUGAUAGAUUUUUUGGAUGAUCAUGUUCGGUACGAGCGGCAACAGUAACAGCAACAGCAGCAAAUACAAGAAACGCGAGCGAACACAAAACUGGUGUAUUGACGAGAAGAAAUAUUUGCUCGAGUUAUGCCGCAAAGACAUGUACAUAAUUGAGAAUAAGCGAUUAGAUAGUGCCCUAACGUCACUUAAGAAUCGUGCAUGGAAAAUAAUCUACAGAAAAUUUUGUCAUACCUUCGGCACGGAUCGCAAUUGCAAUCGCAUCAAAGAACAAUGGAGACGAAUGAAAGCUUGUGCUCGUGCCGAGAUCCUCGAUUACCAACAUCGCAUCUCGAAAUUCGGUCAAGAUGUCGCCGACAAAAAGAAACCGAGUGCCUUCACGUUCGAAAUUUGGGAUUUUAUGCAAGAGGCGAAGAAAUUAUGCAAGAAUGAGUUGACCGACGAAGUCGAUUAUUCCAAAAUUAAAUUAUCGCUCGAGGAAAAUAUGUCGGCUGAGGACUUGGCGAUGGAUGAUGAGGAUAUUGCGGGGUCCGAAUCUAGUCAUUCCUCGAAUUGGGCAAACAACUCUCACAACAUGUGCGAAGUACAAAUGAAAGAAGAUUCCGAAUCGCGAGCGAUGCCCAAUGACCUCAACGGAUUCUUCCCGCAAGAUAAUUCCGACUUGCUAAACUACCUCAAAGGGCAAUAUCUCGCGCAUCAGCAAAACGAGCAUUUAUAUCGCACGAAUUUCAGUCACAAAGAUAACAAUUUGCUGCAAGAACAACCGAUGGACCUCAAUUCCGGCGACGAAAGAUUGCGUGAACACGCGAUGCGAAUGGAAAUUCUCAAAGUUGAAUUGGAAACGGCAAAAAUUAAAAAGGAAAUUGCCGAGCUGAACAAGGAAAUGUUACUCAAACAGCUAAAUGAGAUGAAAUGA